GAUUGUUCACAUAAAUAUGUUUUUAAAAAACUGGCAAGUUUUAUUCGUCUGAAGGUUAUUAGCUGAUGAAACAGUUGCAAAGUGAUAGCAAUAAAAUCCUCUAAUGGCAGUUAGAAGAAGAAACGUGCUUAUUCUCUUAAGCACUUUUUCAACUAAUUUCUCCACCACUUCUCAUCAUCAUUACAGAAAACAAAUUUCACUCGCUAAUCUCUUCCAAUCCUUCGGUUUCCCCUCCUCCAACCUUCACCAUUUCCUCUCCCACAACCCCUUCCUCUUCAACUCCGAUCCAUCACACCUCCGCAAAUCCCUUUCCACUCUCUUUUCCUUCAAAAUUCCACAGAAAACCCUAAUUUCCCUCGUUCACGAUUGCCCUUCUGUCUUAGAACCGCAAUUUCUACAUCAUUGGGAAUUAGCUUUUCCUCAAUUCAAAUCAAAAGCUUUUAACCCUUCCCCAUUGAUGAUCGCGAACUUGUUGCGAUGUUCUAGAAAGUUCCAGUUAAACCCCCUUGAACUCUCACAGAAAGUUGAGAUUUUUAAGGGUUUAGGGUUUUCCGACGAUGUUACAGCUAGGGUUUUGGAAGAAUUUCCCAGCGCGGUUGUAAUGACUGAGAAUAAAAUUGUUGGCGUAAUUGAUUUUCUUGUGGAAUUCGGUGUUCCGAGAGAUGAAAUAGAUAGAGUUGUUCGAUUGUAUCCUAGGGUUUUGGGAUUUGGAGUUGAAGACAGGUUGAAGCCACUGAUUCAUGAGAUGAGGAGAUUAGGAUUUUCUCGCCGUGAGAUUAAGGCGGAGAUUGUUAGGGAUCCGGGUAUUCUGGGAAUGGAGAUCGGGGAAUUUUCGCGGUGUUUGAAGCUGUUGCAGAGUUUGAAAUGCAGAGAGGUAAUUAAAGAGAGUAUUUUUGGAGAUGGUUUGGUUAGAGCUUGUUUUGAAGUGAAACUGAGAGUGGAUUGUUUGUGCGGUCGCGGUUUGAUUCGUAGGGAUGCUUUGAAGGUGUUAUGGAAGGAACCGAGGUUGAUGACUUACGAUUUGGAGGAUAUUGAGAAGAAGAUUGAGUUUUUAGUUCAAAGGAUGAAGUAUGGUGUUGAUUGUUUGCAUGAAGUUCCUGAAUAUUUGGGUGUGAAUUUUGAGAAACAGAUUGUUCCUAGAUACAAUGUGAUUGAGUAUUUGAAAGGAAAAGGUGCAAUUGGGUUUGAAAUUGGAUUGAAGGAUAUCAUCAAACCAACUAGGGUUAGGUUUUAUAAUCUUUAUGUUAAGCCUUAUCCAGAAUGUGAAAAAAUCUAUGGCAGAUUUUCAGGUAAGGUUGAAGUUAAAAGGAAGCAUCCGGAUGGACUUUGGAAGCUGUUCAAACCACAGAAGUUCACUCAAACCAGUAAAGAUGUGAAGAACAUGAAGGCUUUCAUGGACUCCUCACUGGUGUAGGUAGUGGUUUGGUUUGAUCAAUGUAUGUUGUUUGUUGGAUACUUGGAUGAGUGGUCCAUGACAUGUUUUGUGUUGAUACCAAGUAAUUUAACAACUAUGAUUCUUUUAUUUGUUGAUGAAAUUAACCAAAUGCUGAAAGAGGAUAUAAGAACAAGGGAGCAAGAUUUUGUUUUGUGGGAACUAGCACUUGAAAAUGAAACAUGUCCAAAACCUAGUGCCUUGACUUUUUAAACUCUUCUCGGCCAGAUUCUUAUCUUGAAAAGUGCUCUUGACUUUUUAACCUUGUAUUCAAGACUUACCUUUGUCAAUUUUUUGGAUUCCUACUUCAACAUUGUAAUAAUAGUUCAAUCAUUCUGUUAGGACCCUUCUCCUACCAUGUUUGGCGUGGAGUAGUUAGCUUUACACCUUGUGAGCAAGUGUGUGAAACAGUUAUGGUUCUAACCACUCCUUUCUCCUAUGGCUGAUGUAUAAAUAGGAUAGAAAGUUUAUUUUGUAACUAGAUCACAUUAUUAUAUGUUCAAUCUCACAUAAUGAAUAUCUAUGAUGAUUAUGGUAUCAGAAGUUUUUCUAUUCAA